AUGGCUACCUCAAACGCUUUGCGAACGCUUCUUGUCUUGCUGCUCCUCAACACAACGUUCUCCUUGGGUUACGGCGUCAAGGAAUGCCCUCCUCCUCCGGAAAAACAAGGAGGAACCAUGAAAUGUCCGAGAGACACGUUCAAGUUUGGAGUGUGUGGGAGCUGGUUAGGUCUGGUUCGUGAGGUCAUCGGCACACCCCCGAGCCAGGAGUGUUGCUCACUCGUCAAAGGUUUGGCUGAUUUUGAAGCCGCCCUUUGCCUCUGCACCGCCCUCAAAACCAACCUUGUCCUAGUCGCUCCGGUCACAAUCCCUGUUGCCCUCUCUUUGCUUCUCAACUCUUGCGGUAAGACUGUUCCUCAGGGAUUCGUCUGUUGA